AUGGAUUUGUUGGACUGGGAUGAAGCAUCACCACAGGAAGUGCCCCCUGGGAACAGGCUCUCGGGGCUGGCAGGAGCCGAACUUGGCUUCUAUUUCGCUGAGUUGGCACGCCGAGAGGACACGCUGAGAGCAGGCGCAAGCUGCAAAGUUACCACCUUGCCCCUCACAGGGCUCCCGCAGGUGGACUGGGGCUCUGCCUUAGCGCACCCAGAAGCUCCUUGGGGAACGGAGCCCGCCCCUCAGGCCCUUCUGUGGCCUGGAGACUGGACGGACCUGGCGUGCCUCGGCUCGAACCCUUGGAGUCCCGCCUCCCAGGCCCUGGACCCAGCCGGCCGCGGCCUGGGCCCCACCCCCUUCGCAGGUUCGGAAGGGGUGGCGGGCCUGAACUGUACCCCGUCAGCAGGAGCGGCCCCUUUGUGGUUCCCCGCCCAAGCCGCUGGGGGCUGCACCGGCUGGGACCUCUCGAUCGGCCCCGACGGCGCCACCUGCCGGGACCUCAGCCAAGGACCGCGCGCGGACUGUACCAUUUCGUGGGGCGGGCCUGCGGGCUCGGACUGUACCACCUCCUGGGCCCCGGGGCAGAACACGGAUUCCACCGCCUCUUCGGAGGGGUGCCAGAGUUCAGAUCGCACCACUGGCUCGGAACCGAGGCAGCAGUCGGACCGUACCGCUUUGACUUGUUACCCCAAAACUAACCACCGAGGUCCUAUUCAGCUGUGGCAGUUCCUACUGGAGCUGCUCCGCGACGGGGCUCGUAGCAGCUGCAUCCGCUGGACGGGCAACAGCCGCGAGUUCCAGCUCUGCGACCCCAAAGAGGUGGCGCGGCUGUGGGGCGAGCGCAAGAGGAAGCCCGGCAUGAAUUACGAGAAGCUGAGCCGGGGCCUGCGCUAUUACUACCGCCGCGACAUCGUGCUCAAGAGCGGUGGGCGCAAGUACACGUACCGCUUCGGGAGCCGCGUGCCGGGUCUAGCCUAG